GCAUCAAAAAACGACGUCGAAUUGAAGAGAUGUCACCAUCGGUACCAUCCACACGUGUUUUAGAACAUGAUGAUGUUACUAAUGAAGAUAUAAUCACAUUGGUGGACGAGUUAAAGUAUAUUGUGCCAAAUACACAAUCCAAAGCACGUAUCCUAGAACUGUGGAGCAAAACUGCGACAUAACGCAUGAAUAAUUUGCUAGAUGAAACGGACCAAUACGUCAAUAAUUUUCCAAGUAAUUUUGCUUUCAACGGUCUCCUGAUAACUUUGGACUUUUAUCACCUUUAUCCACAUGCAACGAAAUUUGAUGAAAAAUGGGGUCAAUUAGAACCAAAAAUUUUACGCACUCAUCCAACGUUAUUCAAAGAGUUAAAAAACGAUUUUCUACGCGCCUUGGCGAUUGUGCGAAUAAAGAAUCCGUCGCGAGGCUCUAAAAAUAGUAUUAACGACACAUCCAGGGAAAAUCCGUUAUACGGAAUGAUUGAAUGGAAAGAAAUUACAGAUGAACCUUCAGGACAACAGAGCAUUCCAAUGAUCGUCAUUCGAGGACCAUUUUUGUGCAACUCGGAAGAAUGUGCUAUAUAUUGGAGAGGCGAGCCUAUUAUUGUUGAAAAUUUAAAAUCGGGAUUCGAAACCUUGAUUCAGCUAUACACCGUGUUUAGAAUCGUCCCGAAACCGUCCGACAAACAUUUUUUUCUCUUCUUCUCAGGAGCUGUGCUUAAUAUUCAGCAAUUAAGCACGACUGGGACAAAAUUCGUGCAGGGAUUAUUCUAA